AUGGAGAGCGGUGAUUACAACACAGAGCUUCUGCCUCAUCAAGUAGAAACGUUGCCGUCCUCUUGGCGUCUCACCUCCGACAAGUUUCAUCCUCUUCAACAAAGGUUAAGCUCUGAUGAUCAUCACAAUGCCGCUCCCUUCUCUAUCAUGCUUUGUACUUCUAAUAAACAGCGCAAGGUUUCAGAGUACUAUAAAAAACAAGAAAGGCUCCUUGAAGGAUUUAACGAGAUGGAGACCAUAAAUGAGAUGGGUUGUUUGCCUGCAAGCCUAACAGAGGAUGAAAUGAAGCAACUUGCUAAGAGUGAGAAGAUGGCAGUUCAUGCGUCGAACAUUGCUAACUUGGUGCUUUUUGCUGCCAAAGUUUAUGCUUCUAUUGAAAGCAAAUCUUUAGCAGUUAUUGCAUCAACUUUAGAUUCACUCUUGGAUCUUUUGUCAGGAUUGAUUCUAUGGUUCACUGCACAUGCCAUGAAAACCCCCAAUCAUUAUCAAUAUCCAAUUGGAAAGAAACGAAUGCAGCCAGUGGGUAUCAUUGUUUUUGCUUCAGUAAUGGCAACUCUGGGAUUACAAAUAUUGCUGGAGUCUGUCAGGGAACUUAUUGCAAAGUCCCACUCUGAGAUCAAUCACAAGCAAGAGAAAUGGAUGAUUGGAAUUAUGGUUUUCGUGACAGUGGUGAAGUUCAUCCUCAUGGUCUAUUGCCGGCAAUUUAAAAAUGAAAUCGUUAGAGCCUAUGCACAGGAUCAUUUCUUUGAUGUGAUUACUAAUUCAGUCGGUUUAGCAACAGCCGUUCUAGCUAUUAAUUUCCGCUGGUGGAUUGAUCCAACUGGAGCUAUAAUAAUAGCAUUAUACACAAUGAGUACCUGGGCGAGAACAGUGAUGGAGAAUGUAGGGUCACUAAUUGGAAAGACUGCUCCACCUGAAUUUGUUUCGAAACUGACAUAUCUGAUAUGGAACCACCAUGAAGAGAUACAACACAUUGACACAGUUAGGGCAUAUACUUUUGGUUCUCAUUACUUUGUGGAGGUCGACAUUGUGUUGCCAGAAGACAUGCUCCUGAGUAAAGCACAUGACAUAGGUGAGAAACUCCAGAAGAAGCUAGAGCAGCUACCAGAAGUUGAGCGAGCCUUUGUGCAUAUAGAUUUUGAGUUUACACAUAGGCCUGAACAUAAGACCAUGUCCUGAUCUUAUCAUCUAUACUUGCAGUGAUGACUUUGA